UAGCGGACAAUCCCUUUCUCUUUUCUCCUCGUCCCCUCCCUUCUGCCCCUGUUUCCUCUGUAAAAAGGUCUAGCCACCGUUGUCUCCUUCAAUCUAAAAACUGUAUAAAUACCUCGAAAUCUAUCCUAUCCGUACCACCCACCUCUGUGUAUCCAAAAAGGAAAUACCUCCACUGCCUUGUGCUUUGUCCUGUCUCCUGUCCGCCGGUGUCAGAGUCCGUUAUUCGUUUAAGCGAAUUAGCAGGGUAAGGGGCAAACCCUGAAAGAAAAUUAAAAAAUGGAGGAAGAUGAUGAUUACGUUGAGUAUAUUCCGGUUGCAAAACGCCGAGCCAUGGAAGCUCAAAAAAUCCUACAAAGAAAGGGCAAGUCAUCUGCACUUGAAGAUGAGAAUGAAAAAUCCAAUCUUGCUGAAGUGAAACCUAGUUUGCUUGUAAAAGCAACCCAGCUUAAGAAGGACCAACCUGAAAUAAGUCAAAUGGAACAAAUUGUACAACAGGAGAAAGAGAUGAUUGAACAUUUAUCAGAUCGAAAGACCCUGAUGUCAGUCCGGGAAUUGGCAAAAGGGAUUACUUAUAAGGAGCCUUUGUUGACUGGAUGGAAACCACCUUUGCAUAUUCGAAGGAUGUCGAAAAAAGAGAGAGAUUUGAUUCGGAAACAUUGGCAUAUUAUUGUUGACGGGGAAGAUAUCCCACCUCCUAUUAAGAAUUUUAAGGAUAUGAAGUUUCCGGAUCCCGUUUUGAAGAAGUUGAAGGCAAAGGGGAUUGUGCAGCCGACUCCUAUUCAAGUUCAAGGUCUGCCUGUGAUUUUGUCAGGAAGAGAUAUGAUUGGGAUUGCGUUUACAGGGUCGGGAAAAACGCUUGUGUUUGUGCUUCCACUGAUUAUGAUUGCAUUGCAGGAGGAGAUGAUGAUGCCAAUACUUCCAGGAGAAGGCCCUUUUGGGUUGAUUGUCUGUCCUUCAAGGGAGCUUGCUAGGCAGACAUAUGAAGUGGUGGAACAGUUUUUGGUACCUAUGAGGGAAAAUGGGUAUCCAGAGCUCAGACCAUUGCUUUGUAUUGGUGGUGUGGAUAUGAGGUCCCAGUUGGAUGUUGUGAAGAAAGGGGUUCACAUUGUUGUUGCUACCCCUGGGAGGCUGAAGGAUAUGCUUGCCAAGAAGAAGAUGAGUUUAGACAAUUGCAGGUACUUGACAUUGGAUGAAGCGGAUAGACUAGUAGAUUUAGGCUUUGAAGAUGACAUCAGGGAAGUGUUUGACCACUUUAAAGCCCAACGGCAAACCCUUUUGUUCUCUGCAACUAUGCCUACCAAAAUUCAGAACUUCGCUAGAAGUGCUUUAGUAAAACCAGUUACUGUUAAUGUUGGAAGAGCAGGAGCUGCAAAUCUUGAUGUGAUUCAGGAGGUCGAGUAUGUGAAGCAAGAGGCAAAGAUAGUCUACCUCCUUGAAUGCCUACAAAAAACCCCUCCUCCUGUUUUAAUAUUUUGUGAGAAUAAGGCUGAUGUGGAUGACAUUCAUGAAUAUCUCCUCUUGAAAGGAGUUGAAGCUGUGGCCAUUCAUGGAGGCAAGGACCAAGAAGAGAGAGAGUAUGCCAUUUCAUCCUUUAAAGCUGGCAAGAAGGAUGUCUUGGUUGCAACUGAUGUUGCAUCAAAGGGUUUGGAUUUUCCUGAUAUUCAACAUGUGGUCAAUUAUGAUAUGCCUGCUGAAAUUGAAAACUAUGUCCAUAGAAUAGGACGAACCGGAAGAUGUGGUAAAACAGGAAUUGCAACCACAUUCAUAAAUAAGAACCAGAGUGAGACAACCUUGCUUGAUUUGAAACACCUUUUGCAAGAAGCCAAACAGAGGAUUCCACCUGUCUUGGCUGAGCUUAAUGAUCCAAUGGAGGAUGUGGAUGCAAUCACCAAUGCAAGUGGUGUAAAGGGUUGUGCUUAUUGUGGUGGGUUGGGCCAUCGUAUCCGGGAUUGCCCCAAGUUAGAGCAUCAGAAAAGCAUGGCGAUUGCAAGUUCUAGAAGGGAUUAUUUUGGUUCUGGUGGUUACAGAGGAGAAAUUUGAUUUGUACUUGGAGCUGCACACUUAUUUGGGUCAACAAUUUCUUCUAAGGACCUACUUAGUGUAUCUGGGAUUACCCCUUAAGAAGUUGUUGAGGCACUUUAUGCUGCAUGCAAAAGCGGCAACUUUGAUUUGGCAAACAAGUCAAUAAUGGAAUUGCAGAAGGGUUUCCGGUUUCUCAGAUGCUUUCUCAGUUAUUUGAUGUGGUUGUUGAGGCAGAUGAUGUACCAGAUGAGCAAAAAGCUAGAAUUUGCAACAGUUUAGCUGAGGCAGAUACGCAUCUAGUGGAUGGUGCAGAUGAGUACUUGCAGCUGCUGGAUGUGGCCAGCAACACAAUGAGAGCUUUGUGUAACAUGCCACAAGAAUUCUGUUUUGAAAGUUAGGGGACAGUCUAGAUUGGGAUGCAGGGGCCUUUGAAGACAAGUAAAGAUUCAACUUUUUGAAUUGUAAUAUAUUGCAACAAAGCGGCUUUUCAAACUUGUGUUAAGCUGUCUAUUUAUCGAAGAUGGGCCCAUCUUUUGAGUCUCAUGUUACUUAGUCUUACAUGGAUCUUGUAUGUCAAGUUUGAUCUCUUUAAUUGAUCUGUAAUCUAAUCCUAAAGAUGAGGAGGGUGAUUCUUGACACGCCUACUUGCAUCCUGUUUCAUAGUAUUAUUCACAACAGCAAUGCUUAUUUAGUACAAUGAAAAGAUGAUGAAUGGGGACCAAA